GACUUUGAUAACAAGCAAAAGUGAAACUACACGCUCGGAUAUCACUCGCUUCUUCUGAUGUUGCAUCGCCGGGGGUUCAAUCGCACUGUUUUACCAGCGAAAAAAACAAAACAGCAACACGGUUAUGGGUUCUGAAUCCCAGAAGAUCAGUCGAGGUAAAAGGAAAGCGAUGUCAGACCCUGCUGGCCCGGGCACUGUGAGAGCUGUGCUUCCCUGUUGUGGGAGGAUCGACAACGCGAGCGAUCUGAAACACAGGGUGCAGGAGCAACUGGACACGGGCUCCUGUGCCUUUGCCUGCCCUCACUGUGCCUCCCAGUGGCUGUGGCCGGAAGUGCGCAAGCUGGCCCUGUUCAGCGAGGAGGAGAGGCUGCGGAGCGAGGACCGAAUCCUGGAGCUCAACAAGGGAGACACUGAGCACUACCAGAGAUGCCCAGGCUGUUCCCAGCUCUGCCAGCACCCCCCUGGCUCUCCCAGCGCUCGUGUGGCCUGUGGCCCCUGCUCUCUGCGGCUCCGCAGGCUGUUCUGUUUCUGCUGGGGGUGCCAGCGCGAGUGGGGGGAGGCGGGGGGCUCAGGGGGCUCCUCCUGCGCCCGGCCCGGGUGUGCGCUUCGCACCCAGCUCCUGUCCUGCCAGCUCAUAGACGCCCCACAGUCAGCGGUGCACGGUUGCCCCCUUUUUCGGGCCUGUCCCGACUGCCACACCCUCGUGUCCCACACGCUGCUAGGGUGUCCCAACGUGGAAUGUCCCAACGUGGAAUGCAGAGCGAGUUUUUGUUUUCGGUGCCUGGGAAAAGAAGGGGAGCACGACUACCCAGAGUGCAUCAGGGUUGAGGAUGACGAUGGUGAAGAAUGCGAGGCUGGAGGCGACGAAGAAUGCGAGGAGGAUUAUGAUGAUGAUGAUGAUGAUGAUUAUGAUGAUUACAGUGGGGAUAACUGCUUGAUAAAGGGCAGGCAGAGGCUGUUUGAAGAGGGGGAGGCGAGUUAGGGAUCAUACAAUGAAAGCACAGCACAGUGUAAUCAAGCACAGUGACAGCAUGGCAAAGCACAGAGAGGUCUGGUAAAGCAUAGGGAAGCAUUGUAAAGCACAGAGAGGUGUGGUAAAGCAUAGGGAAGCAUUGUAAAGCACAGAGAGGUCUGGUAAAGCAUAGGGAAGCAUUGUAAAGCACAGAGAGGUCUGGUAAAGCAUAGGGAAGCAUUGUAAAGCACAGAGAGGUCUGGUAAAGCAUAGGGAAGCAUUGUAAAGCACAGAGAGGUGUGGUAAAGCAUAGGGAAGCAUUG